UCAGGGUUCUUACUUUGUUAAUGUCUACUUUUACGUGUCCUGCAGCAGAAGCAUUAUUGAUCGACUAAGAUCACAAGUUCGAAAACUGCAAUUUCUCUCUGCAAUGGGUGGGGUUCUGUGCUGCUUUGAUGUCGCUGAUAGCGCAACACAAGAUGCUAACGUCAACUACAGGGAGCGAUCUUCAGAGAAACCCAGCUCCCUUUUCAUGGAGCGUGGAAGCCAAAACAGAAUGUCUAGCAAGGAAGAAGGAGUAGAGUUUAUUUACCCCUCAAAGGCUACUGCUCCGGACUAUUACUUUCCCCCAUCAGGUGCAGUGGACGAGUGCCCCAUAUGCCUUGAAGAGUAUGAUAGCCAGAAUCCGAGGACUGACAUGCAAUGUAAGCAUUAUUUUCAUCUUCCCUGCGUACUGGAGUGGGCGCAGAGAAGUGCAGCAUGCCCAAUAUGCAACAAGCAGUUUGUAUUUGAUGAAGAAAACUGAAGAGAGAUCAAUACUAAUAUUCAGCCUACUCAGAGCCAUGCCAACUUGUAGAAAAAGAAGCACUUUUCUUCCUCUGGAUUCUACACAUCAACACUCCGUCAUGUUGCUUCCCCACUACAAUUUUGGUUCUAUUUGUUCAUUCAACUUCUGUGGAUAAAAUCAAUCAUGUUCCUUUUUUUUUCUUUGUCAUAGCCACUUUUUGUCCAUAUGGAACCAAAUAACAG